GGUUUGACAGCUAGCGCCUCUGGCGAUAGCAAUUCGCCGCAUCGUUUUGCUACGUUCAUCGCGGAGCUCGCGCGGGUCUCGAAGAGGACGUGGGUAAGGAAGCGAGGAAUCAGGCAGCGACGUUGUUCCCGUCACCAUGGACGAGCUGACGCGGCACCUGGGCAAGAUCAACAUCGCCUCCAACGGCGACAGGAUAUACAAGGACGAGUGCGUUUACUCCUUCGAUACGCCAGAGACGCCUACCGGCCUCUACGUCAGUCUCACGAGCUUCGUGGGCCUGGGCCAGGACCACGUCCUGCGCUACUACCAGCAAACCGGCAAUCCCGUUUACCUUCACAUCAGGCGCAUCAGGAGAGAGGUUCCGUCCGAGCACCAAGGAGAUGGGCCCGAGAAGAAGAUCACGCGACUGGCGAUAGGCACGGUCGACGGGUUCAUGCCGGAUCAGCAGAAGUACACCUACGAUGAGAGUUAUCGGAUAGUCGUUCUACCCGAGUUCACCAGCAUCCCUUAUCCCGCGAGCAACUUGCCUGAGAAGGUAGAACAAGCAAUCAAGGUUAUAUUACAAAUGGAGGGUGCGUGGGCAGUGGCACAGAUGGAAGCUGCAGCCAAUACUUGGGACGGAGAAGUCAGAUCGGAGUCGAAGCACGCCGCGAGCCUGAAACAGCUGGACAACGGCAAGAAGAUCCCACCGAGCGGCUGGAAGUGCGAGAAAUGCGACCUGACUCAGAAUCUCUGGCUGAACCUGACCGACGGCAGUAUACUCUGCGGUCGCAAGUUCUACGACGGGAGUGGCGGCAACGGCCACGCGGUCGAGCACUACCAGACGACCGGCUAUCCGCUGGCGGUGAAGCUGGGCACGAUCACGAAGGGCGGCAAGGCCGACGUGUUCUCGUACGACGAGGACGACAUGGUGGACGAUCCGAAUCUGUCGGCGCACCUGUCGCACUGGGGCAUCAACAUCGCGCAGAUGGAGAAGACGGACAAGUCGAUGAUCGAGCUCGAGCUAGACCUGAAUCAGAAGUUCGGUGAAUGGGUGUCGCUCCAGGAGGCGGCCAGCAAGCUGACGCCGCUCUACGGUCCCGGUUACACCGGUUUAACCAAUCUGGGGAACUCCUGCUACCUGAACAGCGUCAUGCAGGCGCUGUUCAUUGUUCCAGACUUCGUUAAGAGAUACGUGGAUAUGGCGCCCAGGAUAUUCGAGCAGACCUACAACGAUCCGGCAUCGAACCUGAACGUUCAGAUGGCGAAGUUGGGCGUCGGCCUGCUCUCCGGCAAGUAUUCGCAGCCGCCGAAAUCGGAUGACGAGUCGCGGCAGGGUAUCCCGCCGCGGAUGUUCAAGGUCCUGAUCGGUCGCGGGCACAACGAGUUCUUCUCGAACCGGCAGCAGGAUGCUCAGGAAUUCUUCCUCUACUUAAUCAACAUACUUAACCGUAAUAAUCGGCACGAGGCGUGCCCCACGGAGUGCUUCAAGUUCAACGUCGAGGAGAGAUACCAGUGCGGCAAGUCGAGCAAGGUCAAGUACACGUACCGGCCAGAGUACAUCUUGCCGCUGCCGAUACCGAUGGAGGCCGCGGUGAACAAGGACGAAGUGGCUGCGUACGAGGCUCAGAAGAAGGAGGCGGAGGCGAAAGGGCAGAAGCUGGACUCCAACAUCCUCGUGAGACCCCGCAUCAGGCUGGCAUCGUGCCUCGAGAGCUUCAACUCUUCGGAGAUGGUGGAGCAGUUUUACAGCUCGGCGUUGAAUGAGAAGACAACGGCGCGCAAGACCACCAGACUAGCCAGCUUCCCGGAUUACUUGCUGAUCCACCUGAAGAAAUUCACGGUGAAGGAGGACUGGACGCCCAUCAAGCUCGACGUGGCGGUGGAGAUGCCGGACGUGCUGGAUCUCAGUUCGAUGCGCGGCAACGGCCUGCAACCGGGCGAGGAGCUGCUGCCGGACGGGGGGGCGCCGCCGCCGCCCGUCUACGACGCGGCGAUCCUCAGCCAGCUGACGGACAUGGGCUUCCCGCCGAACGCGUGCAAGCGGGCGCUCUACUUCACGGAGAACCGCAGCCUCCAGGACGCGACCAACUGGGUGAUGGAGCACAUCGCCGAUUCCAACUUCGACGAUCCGUUCGUGCCGCCGGGGGUCGACGUCAAGUCGGGCGAGGAUAAAUUCGUGGCGGAUCAGGACGCGCUGGAGAUGGUGAUGGGCAUGGGUUUCACGCAGGAGCAAGCGACGAGGGCGCUCAAGGCGACCAACAACAAUCUCGAGCGCGCGGCUGACUGGAUCUUCAGCCAUCAGGCUGAGCUCGACGCCCUGGACACGGACAGCAGCUCGUCGCCACCCGGCGAGUCGUUCAGGGACGGAAGCAGCCGAUACAAACUGGUGGGUUUCAUUUCGCACAUGGGCACGUCGUGGAUGGUGGGCCAUUACGUCUGUCACCUGCUGAAGGAAGACCGAUGGGUGAUAUUCAACGACGAAAAGGUCGCUCUGUCGGAAAACCCGCCGAAGGAACUAGGAUAUAUAUACAUGUACCAGCGCAUCGAUUAAUGUCACGACCGUUUUUGUAUAAAGAUACUGCUUUUCAAGAAUAAAAGAAUAAUGCUAAUGCUCUUUAUAUAUAA